GAGGUCAGUUGACGCUGAUAGCCGUGACAAGUAAACACCAUCGAAGCUCAGUCCACGAGCAUUUCGCAUGAAAACACCAACAUAGUUUCAGAAUUCUCAGACUCAACAUGUACAACUUAAAGCAUGCAACGUUUCUUUGUUUAAUAUAUUUUUGUUUGCAAACACAUGCGUUGGACUUGACACAUUUAACUGAAAAUGCAACGGUAACAGCACGAUUUGCAACAGAAUGCAUAACGCCUAAUGGAGAAAGAGGAAUGUGUCUGGAAUUAGCAAAAUGUCCAAUUUUUGCGAAAGAAAAUAUCACUCCACAACAUUCUGCGUAUGAUUUCUUCAAAGCUUCCAAUUGUACACCAAGAAAUGCUAAAUUCAUUAAAGUGUGUUGUGGAUCAAAACUAAAUUUUAAUUCGCAGAUUCCUAAACAACAACAUAACAUUGAAGAAGAAUUUUCUGCCACAUACCCAUUACCAUCAAAUUGUGGUAAACAAAAACUUCUUUCGUUUAGUCAAAGAAUUUUCGGGGGAGUAAACGCCGCCAUUGGUGAAUUUCCUUGGAUGGGUCGAUUGAUCCAUCGUGAUUCACAUGGUGCAGUAUCUUAUGGAUGUUCAGCUUUUUUGAUCCACGAACGUUUUGCUCUCACUGCUGCACAUUGUAUGAAUGAAAAGUUAUUAAGAAUUUUAGGACCUAUUUUCGAAAUAGUUCUUGGUGAUCACGAUAGUUCCACUGAAAUUGAUUGCUCCGAUCGUGCAAAGAAAAGAUGCGCACCACAACCACAAAAACACCGCGUUACAAAACCAAUGGUUUAUACCGGAUAUGACACAACCACUGGAAAUCACAACAAUGAUAUAGCAUUGAUUCAACUUCAAACCCCAGCGGAAUUUACAAAUUUUGUUGCUCCGAUUUGUCUCAUGCAUAAACCCAGCGAAAUCGAUCUCUUCACUGUCUCAGGCUGGGGACGCACGGAAACACUCGAAGAAAGCAACAUAAAAAUGAAACUAGACCUUGACCGCUUCCCACUGAACCAAUGCGUGAAUGUUUACAAGAAACGUGGAGUGUUGCUAAAGAAGAAAAACCAGCUGUGCGCUGGUGGAUUGAAGAAUAAAGACACAUGCACUGGAGAUUCCGGUGGGCCAUUAAUGGUGGAAAGUAACAACACUUGGUAUGCGGAGGGUAUUGUCAGUUUUGGUAUUGGGUGUGGUCAGGAAGGUGUACCAGGAGUUUAUACAAAUAUUCCUACGUAUGUGCCAUGGAUCAAAAAGGCCAUUGUGAAGAGACUAACACAAGCCAAAAACAAAUUAAUCAAGAAAACAAGAAAUCCACAGGAUCUUAGAAUGAUAAGCACUAAAACAACAAAUAAUACAAUUCUUGGAGAGGAUGUGGCAAAGCUGUCGGUUGUAAGUAAAGUCGAUCGAAAACUCAGACGCACUUCAGACAUCAAAACCUGCAGAACAAGAAUUUUAAUCAUGAAAGUAAACGCGUUUUUACUUGUAUACAUAAUUUGCGUUGUUGGUUGUUACUCGGAGAGUGAUGAAACGGAAAGUGCAUUAGAACCUAAUGCGUCAUGUAAAACCCCGAAUGAUAAAUCAGCGCGAUGUAUUUCGAUUUACGACUGCCGCGUUUUAUAUGACCAGUUGACGAGUUCGAAACAAUCGACAAUUGAUUUUCUGCGUGCUUCUGAUUGUGGUGUACAUGAAGAGAUUCCACUUGUUUGUUGUGGUGAAGAUGCUGAUUAUGAUGCUGAACAUCAACCUAUUGAACAGAGGAAUCGUACAGUUAACAUUUCCACUCGUACAGGAGAAGAUACAGAAAUUCAUCUUGGUUCAAGAUUUGGUGGAGGAGAUGAUGGUAGAAUAUAUGGAAGCAGAUCCCAACUUGCAGGAAGACAUGAAUGUGGAUAUAUGGAUCAAGACAAAAUCCUCAAUGGAAUCGUGGCGAAUAUGGAUGAAUUUCCUUGGAUGGCUUUACUCCAAUACAAAAGAAGAUCAGAUGGUUCUAAAAAAUUCCUCUGUGGAGGUAGUCUCAUCGGAAACAGAUAUGUUCUAACAGCUGCACAUUGUGUUGUUGGAGAAAUUGAAAAAACGCAUAGAUUAACUGGAGUGAGGUUAGGAGAAUACAAUAUCCUAGAAGAAAGAGACUGUUUCCGUUACGGGAACUAUGUGGAAUGUACUGAUCCACCCCUGGAUGUAGGAAUAGAAAGAGCUACAGCUCAUGCGCAAUUCGACGAAACACGCAAAGAGAAACCCAAUGACAUUGCUUUACUACGUCUUGAUCGAGACAUUUCCUACACCGUUUACAUCAGACCAAUUUGCCUGCCAUCUAUUUACGACACAACACCAGUUGGUAAACACCUAACCGUCGCAGGUUGGGGACGUACCGAAUCAGCAAGCGCCAGCGCUGUAAAACUAAAACUCCGGGUACCCAUGACCACAAAAAGAUACUGUCGUCAGGUAUUCCGUAAAGCAGGUGCAAACAUCCGCGAUACCCAAAUCUGCGCUGGUGGAGUUCAAGGCCGAGAUUCCUGCACUGGAGAUAGUGGUGGACCACUAAUGACAGUCUACAACGACAACUCAGAACAAUGGUACAUCGAAGGUAUUGUUAGUUUCGGCACCACCUGCGGCACAAAAGGCUGGCCGGGUGUUUACACCAAAGUGAACGCAUACCUCGACUGGAUCAAUGAGAAUUUAUAAAUUAAUGUAUACAGAAAUAAAUGAUUCAUUGUCUCA